UUUCCCCUGUAGGCGUCUGAGGUGCUCUUGCAGAGGAGUUAGGUUAUAUGCAAGUCAGACAUAGAUGAAGCUCCAUUCUUACAGCUUGGGUGACAAACUAGCUAUUAUUCUUAGUUGCUUAUUUUAAAUCUUAGUCUUCAUACUUUUUUUUUUUCUUUUUCCCCCCUCCCUUUUUUCACUUGUGAAAUUUGUUUUGCUCUCACUGUUUGGCUACUUUCCUUUUAGGCAACCGGAGGCUGUUGCAAAAAUGACAAAGGAAAAUACUUCUGUCUGUUGUAACUUGUUCGGUCAGUCUCCUGUAAGCUUCUGUUCUCAAGUUUGCUUCACUGGGUUGGGCUUCUGAAGACAAUUCUUUCACACUACCAAGUAGAAAGCACGUAAAGCAAAUGUAGCUUGAGAAAGAUUAAUACUUACGUUUUAAGUUAAAUAUUAACCAGAUUUAAACAAGCUCAACAGCAUUUCAAAGUAAGGCUAACUUGUUGGGCCGAUAAACAAGAAGGAACUCAAGCAUCGAAGAAUAGGCAUGGGGAUACUCUAUUCGGAGCCCAUUUGCCAGGCUGCUUAUAAUAAUGAUUUCAAUGAAGUUCAGCUCCUUUUGGAGAACAACAGCGAUUAUUUGAACAUCCAGGACAGCUUUGGUGGAGAUACACCCUUAAUUUGUGCAUGCAAACAGGGGAACGACAGAAUAGUUAGCUAUCUUCUAAAAAGAAAUGCUGAUGUCAACCUCAGAAACAAGGUAAUAUUGUAUGCCACCCAGGCUCUUGCCUUUCCUCAGCCCCUUGUAGGUUCUGCCCACUCACCUAUGGAGCACUCUGCAUUCAUCUUGCCCUCCAGCUUUAUCCUCAUGCCAGUUAUGCUCAUUGGAUAUCUUCUCAUGGUCUCAAAGACUAAGCAGAAUGAAAACCUAAUCAGGAUGUUGCUGAGAGCUGGUGCUGAUGUUAAUGCUGCAGACUUCUCUGGUAGCACAGCCCUUCACUAUGCUUGUGAAAUGAAAAACCAGGUAGUCAUUUCUCUACUGCUUGACGCUCAUGCAGACCCUUCUGUUAAGAAUCAGGAGGGGGAGACUCCCUUGGAUAUAGCAAGAAGAUUACAGUUCAGCAACAUCGAAAGCAUGCUGAAGAAAACUUCAUAGUACUUGAUGAGAUGGUGUCAAGAGCUCUGGAACAUGAGAAAAUUACCCAGUCUGACAAUGUCUUGCACAGCAGCAGCAGGAGUCCUGCUGGAGGCUAAUAUUUGUCAGAGGCCUUGUCCAAAUCCAUCCAUUCUUUUCUGCAGACUUUGAUUGUUUUGUGUGUUGGAGAGCUGUCAGUAUUCCCAAGGCUAUGUGGCUAGAAGGAGUUCAUUUGCUUUUACUAAGCCUUGAAUGUUUACAAUAGUAUUCAAGAUAUUGCCCCUCCCAUCUCCUCACCCAGUUUUAUUGCUUGACUUGCCCGGGCAUGUGGAUUUGAAAGCUGGCUAUAUUAUUUCUGGAAACGUAACAAAUUGCACAUCAUGAUUGGCAGCCAGUGCAAAAAUAAAAUAUCAUUUAGAGUGA